AUGCUCGUUUCUGGGGCUUUAUGCCUCGUUUCUGGUUUACUUCCCCAAAUCUCCCCCAUUGCAAUCCUUUCGCCGUUGUUCAUUGGCUGCCCUCCGAUCGGUUCAUGCUUUCCUCAUCUAGGUGUACAGGUGUUUACGACUCUAGUGGAGUUGGAGAUUCUCAUGCUGACCAUUACUCAUACCCCCUUUCUACUCGCUCGAUUUGGUUUCAUCUAUUGGCUACUACGUCAAUCCCGCAAAGCGAGAAAUCUCGUACAUCGUGGAAUUUGUGUAGAGCUACGGCAUCGCUACGGCUCGGAUGCUUGCACCACCUCUUUCCAGUCUCAUGGUCCUGUUUCCCUUGCCUUGGGGCUGUUAUUAUAG